GCUUUCCCUGGCUCUGACCACAAUCUCAUCAUUUUCCAGUCACUCUCCAUAUGAUCACUACUUUCCCUUCGUCCUAAUAAAUCUCCGAUCAACCGUCUGUUUGCUAGGAAAUGGGGCUGGGCUCGAACGUUUUUUGUUCACUACCGGUGUACAUUCUCGCCGUGUGGGCAGUCCCCGCGGCGGCGCAAGAUUGCGGCCCCGUCAUAAACAACCUGGCUGGUUGUCUGUCUUUCGUCUCCGAUGUUAGUACGACGACGGAGCCGGAAGGGACCUGCUGCUCCGGGCUCAAACUGGUGUUGGCAACCAAUGCGAGUUGCCUGUGUGAAGGGCUUAAGGGCAGCGCGGGUUUCGGAGUUUCUCUGAACGUCACCAAGGCGAUGACGCUCCCCUCUGCUUGCCACGUUAGUGCUUCUACUUGUGACCUGAACAGCACCGGCAAUCCAUCAUCACCUCCUGCUCCAACAAUGUUGCCGUUAUCUCCCAUAAGAGCCCCUGCUACGGUGGGAAGUCUGGCAGGAAUUCCACCAGUUCCGGUAGCUAAUUCUCCAAUUCAAGGAAACUCUGUUUCCUCCAUUGUGGUUCCGGCCUUUGUUGUCGCCCUGGCUGCUGCUGCAUUUUUUGUGUUGUUAUUUUGAGUUGGGAAUGAACUACUAAAGUUAGUUAUCACAAGGAAUUCUUAAAACAAACAAGCUUCAGUAGUGCAUUGGAUUCAUUUGAUUUAAUCAGGACUUCCAUUGAAUUUCACCCCCUUAUACAUGUAUUUUAUACAUGUAUAUAUAUUCAUUAUGUUCAUCUUUAGAAUGACUCAUUAUUCAACUCUCUAUUUUGUGUAUAUAUUCAUUACGGUUGUAUUUAGAAUGACUCAAGCUAAAUUCACAAAAAGAGAUGUAUGACAUAUGUUUUUAACAUCUUUUAUAGCAAUGAAUUUUGUUGAA